AUGAGUACUACCGCCGGACCAAACGAGGGGUUUCCGUACCCAAAGCUUGGCCUCACGAAGAAACAGAUCCGACUACUCAAGUUCCUGGAAGUGGACCAGGCUGGGCUUCUGUCCUUUUCUCUCGAGUGUCAUGAUUUGAAGGAGGCUUCCUUCGUCGCCGUGUCUUACACUUGGGAGCGGUACACACUCGACAUCUGGCGGCCAACAACCCUUAACCCAGUCCAACAGGAAUCUACCGAACACGUCUCAGUCGCUGGUGAACAUUUCGAAGUCACUAGGUCGUUGUUCGAGUUUCUCCAGAAUGCCGUUCCGACGAAACUGAAGGGGCGUUUGUUCUUUGUGGACCAGAUCUGCAUCGACCAGCGCAAAGAACUUGAGAAACGCCAUCAAGUGUCGAUUAUGGGUGAUGUGUAUGCCGGAGCUGCAGAGGUUAUCGCAUGGAUCGUGCCGUUGAUACCCCAGGAAGAAGAUCUAAGUGCUUUGCAAGCAAUGAGCGAUGAUGAUGGCGCUCAACGAUGCCUCCAGGGACGGAGGGGACUGCCAUGCUUGAUGACGCACCACAGCCGUCUAGACGAGUCCGGUGCCAUUUUCGCAGCGCUGAGGCUCGUUCUCACAUCCGCAUUCUGGUCUCGACAGUGGAUUGUCCAGGAAGUUCUUCUAGCCAAGGAGCUGUCAUUCCAGAUCGAGUCGUUCAAUUUCGACUGGGAGGUGAUCCUGCAAUACACUCAGCGCGUCCCGAACUAUGUCGGACUAGGCAAACAUGGGCGCGAUGGUAUUACCGCAAUGUUCACCUGGCUUCGCGACGGCAAUAAUCUAACCCCAUCCGGUCCUGAACGGCCGCAAACUACUCGAAUGAUUGCCGCCUGCUCAGAGCUCUUGCUACUGAGACACGAAUGCUACCACAAGUCUGGCGAUUACCAAAGACGACCACUGCAUGAAGCUUUGACACGCUUCGGAGCCCGUGACUGCGGCAUGCAGCGCGACGGCAUCUUCAGUCUGCUGGGCCUCACAACAGCUGAUAUGAACGCCGACUACUCUAUGAGCUCUGCUGGCCUUUAUCUGAAUGUCUUACGCAUCGGCUUGACUGAGCUUCGUGAGAUACGCACUUUGAAUGACGAACGCCAAGAGGACAGUGCCAUCUUCAUCCACGCGGCUCUGACUGCCCUCAAACUCGACAUUCGCGAACCGCCUAUAGCCCUCAUCACCGAAAGGAUGCUGUCGCAUUUUGAUAUGCCUUCGACAAUGCAAGGCGCCACUACUCGGCACGUAUGGUACCUCGCUAUCCUGGGCUCCCUGGACCUUGGACUCAACCCUUCCCAGACCCGUGACGAGCGAGUGCAAGCAGAAAAACAAGUGGUCAUACCAGCGGCUUAUGCAGAACUACAGAAUGAGAUCCGAAGCUGGAAAGGGUCUGGAAGCGAGAAGAGUGUCAACAACUGGGAUGACUUGAGAAGGCUGCCGGGCACGGAGAGCCGCACGUAUAAAUGGUCGACGACCUCGUGCCCGACUUGA